AUGUCUUCAAGCAGCAGCGGUACUCAAUCUGCGGAGAGACGCCGUUCUCAUUCCACCCCUCAAAAGCAGUCUCAGACGGAAUCCUCCAUGGCGCGAUCGAAGAGCUGUGACGUUAGCAAUACAGAAGAUUCCCCAUAUUCGUUAUCUCCCAUCUACCAUGACAGCUUUGAAAGUGAGAGCGAAGACCGUGAAUCACAUUCAAGGAUACUGGAGAAUAAAUCUAAAACAAAAUGCUCUAGUGAUCUGACCUUGGAUAAAGGAAAGGGCACCUGGGUAAUUGAACAGUCUCUAGCAGACAUGCACCUCUCUCCUUGGGAGAUGUGGCUGCUGAACAAAGAAAGACGAUGUCGUAUGGAGCUGCAGAAGAAAAUGUCUGAGGAAAUGAAACAAGAAGAGGAAAGGAGGAAAGUUCAAGAAAAAAAAGAACUUCAAAAACGACUGGCAGAGGAACAGCACAGGGAAUGGGUGCGGAAAAAACAAGAGCAGGAAAGAAAGGAGAAGGAGGAAAAGCUCCUGAAGGAAAAGCAGGAGAAGGAAGUGCAAGAACAAUGGAAAAGUUCUGUACAAGAGCGAAGCAAAGAGAAGUAUCAGCAAUGGUUACAUAAAAAGAAAGAAGAGGAACAGGAAAGAAAACUAAAAGAAAAAGAAGAAGCUGAGAUACGUCUAGCUGAGCAGAGGGCUAAGAAAGAGAAGGCCGAGCAGAUAUUCAAGGAAUGGCUGGGGCAGGCUAAAAACAAGCCACUGCCAACUUUAAACAGCUAUGGCUAUGUCAAUGGAAAAUUAACAGGAUAUUAUGACGGAAGUUCCUACCCUGCACCGAGUUUUUAUAAUCCAAUACCGUGGAAACCAAUCCCUGUACCUCCACCACCAAAGAAAACUGUCAAGAACCCGACUGGAAAGAAGAAGAAGAGAGCAGUUUCAAGCUUGUCAUAUAGGCCUACUACGGUAAUGCCCUACAAGCCCAAGGACAAUCUUCAUGUUGGUGUAGGAAUGAUCAAGAGAUAA